GGGUCUACAUUUGAUAGAGGGCGUGGUGCAUUUUGGCUUGAUAUAAAACAAAGACAGUUAUAAGUCUUCACUAACAGCAAUUUCGUAGCAGAGUUUCUUUUCUUUCAACUUGUGAAAAAAAAGGCAGAAAUGAGUCUCUCUGGAAAGGACAAGACCGUGGUGAAGGCUUUCUGGGACAAAAUAGCCUCUAAAGCUCCUGAGUUGGGGGGAGAGGCUCUCGGCAGGAUGCUGACUUCAUACCCGCAAACCAAGACCUACUUUGCACACUGGUCUGAUCUGAGCCCAGAGUCUGCACAGGUGAAGAAGCAUGGUGCCACCAUCAUGUUAGCUAUUGGAGAUGCCAUCGGAAAGAUCGACGACCUGGCUGGUGCCUUGUCCAAGCUCAGUGAGCUGCAUGCCUUCAAGCUCAGAGUGGACCCCGCUAACUUCAGGAUCCUCGCUCACAACAUCAUCCUGGUGCUGGCCAUGUACUUCCCUGCUGACUUCACCCCAGAGGUCCAUGUCUCCGUUGACAAGUUCCUGCAGAAUCUGGCCUUGGCUCUGUCUGAGAAGUACCGCUAAGAUCCAACCUCUCAGGGGGAUCGACUGCACAAAAAACUGCAUGUCAUCCAAAAGAAAAAUUCAACAACUUUGAAUUCAAAAGGUUGGCUGAAUAAAUUAAAGAUAUAAUAAUUGUCCAUAAAA